AUGGCGGGGGCGGCCGAGGGCGGCGGGGCGCUGCCAAGCGGUGGCGCGGACGCCCCCUCAACGCCCGCGAGGCUGGGCUUGGAGAUGGUGCCGCAGACGCCCCCGCACCACCCGCGCCCCUCGAGCGCGGCGUCCUCGCGCGCGGGCUGGGGCGCAGAGCUGCGGAGGACGGGGUACGACGCGUCGAUGAUGGCGAUGCUGCGGAGGCAGCAAGAGGCCUUCGAGCAGAAGGUGCUCGGCCAGCUGGGGCAGGCGCGUAUGCAGUCCGACCGGAUCCGGGAAGCGGCUCUUGCCCGCAUGGAGGAGAGGCUCUGCUCCCUCGAGGGCGCGCAGGCCCGGGCGAGCCGGGGGCUGGCGGAGCUCAACGGGAAGCUGCGGGGGGUGUCCGACGAGAUGCAGGCGCAGCUCCGCCGCGUGGACGCGGUCGAGGGGCGGUUCGGCGAGUCACGCCGGGAGAUCGAGGACGGCCUCCGGAACAGGCACGCGGAGCUCGAGAAGGACAUUAAGAAGGUGGCCAAGGACGUGUCCGAGUGCCACGCCGCCCAGGAGAGGCAGCACCAGGCACAGCAGCAGAAGCACCAGAGGCUGGGCGACGACCUCUUCUCGCACAGGCGCGACACCGAGCUCCUCUCGGGGCGGCUGGAGGACCUCGAGGCGAAGAUACACGAGGUUGCGCAGGCCAAGAUCGACGAGAUCGACCUCGCGCUCCGCGCCGCCGACGUCCCCGCCGCUGGCGGCUGGCCAACGACCCCGCCGCCCGCCGUAGAGGAGCCCGCCAGCGCAGCGCACCUCGGCAUCGUGGAGAAGCGCGUCGCCGACUUGGCCAGGAAGUACGACGAGGUGAUGCAGGACUCUGCCGAGCUGCACGCGCGCCUGGCGACGCAGGAUCAGCAACUGAGCGCCGCGAAUCUCAAGGUGGAGAGCCGAGAGGAGUCCUGGCGCGAGCUCAAGGACCGCGUGGACCGCGGCGACUGGGAGGGCAGGAUCGAGCAGCUCAGGCGCGGCCUGCAGGAUGAGGCCCGCCAGGCUGGCGACGCAGCGGAGCAGGUGACCCGCCUCGCGAGGAGGCUCGAGGGCGUCGAGCAGGUGCAGGAGCAGCUGGAGGGGCGGCUGGCGUCGGCCAGGAGCAGGCCGGCCGACGAGGACCGGGCCGCCUCCGGCGCCCAGGAGCUGCUGCUCCAGGUCCAGGAGAUGCGCGACGUCGUCGGCGCGCUGCGGGAGAGGGCCGACCUCGUGGAGAGCGCCCAGGACCAGCUCCGGGAGAGGCUCGACGCGGGCCCUCGAGUGGACAACCUCGACGGCCUCGUCGAGCAGCUGAAGGAGGUUGUGCCCAAGAUCGUGGACCAGGAGCAGAGGCUGCAGGACCUCGACCCCAAGGUGGGGGCGCUGCAGGCCAUCCUGGAGGGCUUCGGCCCCUCUUGGCAUCCCGCGACGGCGGAGGACCUCGAGCGGCUGGGCCGCGAAGUGCAGCGGCUGGCCGAGGCGGAGGCGCGCGCCCAGGCGCUCUCCAAGGCGCUGGAAGCCAGGAUAGACGAGCUCGGCAACCCGGCGGAGCUGCGGGGUGACAUAGAGAGCCUGCAGAAGGAUUUGGGCCAGCUGAAGACCCAGGGCGCAGGGUCGGCUGACCUGCUGGGCGACGUGGAUCUCAGACUGCUGAAGGCACAGCCUGCGCAGUUGACCGAGCUGCGAGGCGACGUGGAGAGUCUGCACGCGGAUCUCAGACUGCUGAAGGCACAGCCUGUGCAGUCGACUGAGCUGCGAGGCGACGUGGAGAGCCUGCGGGCGGCCCUCGAAGAAUUGAGAUCCUCCAGUUCGAAGGCGUCGGCGGCCGCAGAACUCGGGGGCGAGCGGCAGCAGCGACUCGUGGACGAGCUUGACGCACUGAAGGGCGAGGUCGGGCGCAUCGCGGAGCGGCAGAGCACGCUAUGCACGCAGAGCCCGCAGCCAGUACUGAGCGAGGCCUCCGAGCUCAGGCGCGACCUCGAUGCGACGAGGGCUGCGGUUGCGAAGCUGGAGGCGGCCUCCGUCGGCUGCGUCGCUGGCGCCGCGCUGAAGGCCGAGGACCAGCAGAUGCUCGAGAACCUGUUGCGGGUGGCGCAGGGCGACGAGGAGGCCGAGAGCGAAGCUCACGGGCGCCUCCUCGAGGCGCUCGACAGGUUCUGCGUCAAGCUCGCGGCUGCGGAGAAGGUGGAGCUGCGCGGGAGCCUCUCCGCGUCUGGCGGCCAGCGUUGGCGCCGGCGCGGACCCGGCGAGGCCUUCCACGCGAAGGGGAGGGCGCUGUCCCCGUGGCUGCCCGACGACGACGGCGAGGUGCCCGCGAAAGGCUGCUGCGUCGCCGACAGCAGCAGCGACGAGGAGGAUGACGAAUGGACAGGGGAGCAUGACAACGGGGACUCCAGCAGCACUGAGUCGGCGGACGGGCCGGACAAUCUCCGGCUCCUGUCCAAGACAGUCGACGGCGCGUUGGACGGCGCGCUGUCCCACACACUGGUUGGCGACAUUCGCCGCGAUGAUGGGCAUGCCACCUACGUGCUGGUGUUCACCCGGGCGGCUGAGCCAGGGCCCGGCGUCGUGGACCGCGGCGAGGUCAUCACCGACCCGCUGGAUAGCGCCAGGAGGAUUUUCAAGAAGCAGGAUCAGGAGAUCGAGAGGCUCGGCGUCGAGCCCAUGCUCGCCGAGGAGUACCACUGUAUAGUGAGGCGGAAGAUCGAGGACAUCCUUCUCAGGAGCGGCUUCAUUUGCAGCUGCUUCCCCAGCGUGGACGGCGACGAGACUUUCUUGAAGAUCUACCUGGAUCCCGACGGUGACGUGGUCCGCGCGCUGGCCGAGCAAUUCGAGUACAACGUACGCCUGAGCAAGGCCUGCUACCAGUCCACCAAGCGGAUCACCAACGUCGAGGGUUCCUUGUGUUUCGCCUACACUCCGUUCACCAUGGACUUGUACCGGCGCGGCAAGCUGCAGCCCUUCCGUCGAGUGGACGUGAUCCGCAUCGCCCGCCGGCAUCUAUCCAGCCUCAUCGACUUGGAGGAGUUGUACGAGCAGGGAUUCAUCUCGACGCACUUCGCGGUGGCAACGUCGGAGGAGCAGAGUAGCCUCAAGGCGCACUGGACGCACCCGCUGAGGUUCCGCAGGGCGCUCCUGCCCCAGCAGGUCGGAGACUACUUCGGGGAGAAGGUCGGCUUCUUCUUUCACUUCUUCGCCUUCUUCGUCAGGGCUAUCGCCAUUCUGGGCGCACUCGCGUUCUGCUUCUUCUGCUUGUUCAACUUCGUGAAUCUCGACCGAUUUCAGGAGAAUCGCUGCAGGAUGGUACUUGGUGCGGUGGUUGUCUUCUGGGCCCUCCUCUUCGAGGUCCGCUUUAAUCGCAGCAGCUCAAGGUUGGCGCAGUUGUGGGGCAUGAGCGCCUGGAAUGUAGAACGCCUGAUGGCAAGCAGAGACAGCAACUUGAAGACGUUUGACGAGAAGCUGGUCGGCAGGUCCAGGGAGCGCUUCGGCAACGUCGCGGCGGCCUUCUGUACGGUGUCGUACUGCACCAUGUUCAUCAUCGGCGUCGCUGCCAUGAAGAUGAAUGCGAGUGUAUUGGGCCAGGGUGCUAUGGACUGGGCAAUUUCCCUUGUGGUAAUGGUAGCGAAGUGGCUGUGGGGUAAAAUUGCACCUGUUCUCACUCGGUGGGAGAACCACAAGACGCAGCAGCGCUUCGACGAUGAGCUCUUUCUCAGGUUGGCGACCUUCAAGACUUUCUUCGUUCUCUGGCCUGCGUUGAGCAUAUUCUUGUUCGACAAGAUCACGAUGGCCUACUGCGGAGACAGCUUCCUGGCGGCGGUGGAGGCAGCGUACGGGCCCCUGUCUGAGCAGGGUCGCGCCGACGGGUACGUCCAGUGGCCUCAGGGACCGCACGCUGGAGAGGCGGGCAUGCUCAACGAGUCCACCUUCGAGGAGAAGCUGAGCAUGUACUCGCUGACUAGUGCCGAGAUCGCCUUUCGGGAUCUGUCCUUGGAUAGGCUCUUGCAUGAGGACAAGUACAGUGGGGAUGAAGCUUGCCUGGCCUUUUGUCUUCCGCUGACGGAGUGCUACCAGGUUCCUUCUCGCAGAUCUGCUGUGGAUUGUCUGACGAAUUGUCAUGCUGACCUUCAUAGUAUGAUCGUCGCUCAGUUCGUCACGCACGUUGCUGUGACACUAGCGCUUCUACUAUAUCCCAUGGCUCGAGUUGAGUACGAUAUCAAACAAGAGGUCUCAGCGGCAGCACAACAUGUACAGAAGGGCGGCGCAUCGCCUACUGAGGUUGGGUAUAGCGUGUUACAGGUGCAAGCGAAGUGCCAUCUGUAUGCCAAAUAUGAGUACCAAUCGUUUGGAGGGUCUUUUGUAGAGGACACCAUGGAACUGAUUCUUGGUUUCGUGUAUAUAUCGGUCUUCGGAAUGGUGAGCCCCGCAAUGGUCGUGAUCGCGGCCGCUGUGACGAUGGUUGAAUACAAACUGCUCCAGACGCGCAUGAUUUUCGUCACGGGCCGUCCGUACCCCGAGAUAGCUGCCGACAUUGGCAGCAGCAAGAAGAUGAUUGUGUUGAUCGGAACCGUCGGGGUCUUCAUUAACGGCUACCUCCUGGCGUUCGUCAUGGGCCCGGCGCGGUCACGGACUUUCAACCAGAAGUUUACAAUCUUCCUGUGCUUCGGCGCCGGCAGCCUGUUCCUGCGCACGAUGCUGCACAACGUGCUGGCCGGCGACCCUCGGGACGUGCGCAGGAUAGACGACCACAACAAUGACGUGCUGGCGAAGUUCCGGCCCGUCGAGAUCGGCAUGGAGUUCGUGCAGGGCAAGCACGGCGUCCGCGUCGACCUUGGACUCUGA